AUGUGGAUUCUACCACUAUUAGGAUAUCUGGGAGUGAUAAUAGGAUUCUGCUUCCUGACGCUGGCUAUAGCCGUCCAUGUCCUUCUCUGGCUGAUAGACGGAUUCCCAUUCUACCUGUCCGCACUCAGCAUAAUCUCCCACCUAGUCUACGCCGGCAACCUUCGCCGGUUCCCAAUCGUCAAGCUCUCCGAUCCUAUCUUCCUAGCUUCCUGCGUCCUCGUCGGUCUAAAUCAUUGGCUAUGGUUCAGAUAUUUCUCAAGCCCGGAAUAUACCUCUAGCGGUGGCAGUGCCCCCUCAUCAUGGAAUCGUGGUGGAUGGAAGUCUCCUGGCGGAGGGUCGAGUUAUAACUACUACGGUGCGGCAGUGGAUACGCCGUCGUUUGGUGAGAUAGCGUCGUAUUUCGGACUGUGUGUCUGGAUGAUCCCGUUUGCGCUGUUUGUCAGCCUAAGCGCGGGCGAGAAUGUAUUGCCUAGUAUGGGAUCGGAAUAUGCGACUGGGUCGAUGGGAUCGAGUGGUGGUGCAUCAGUUGGCGCGGAUGCGUAUGGGGAGAGCUCCUCUAGCUCGGUGAAGACGAAGAGCAAAGGGAUGGCAAAGGCGCUGGUUGAUGGCGCUAGGGAGUGGGUGAGUGAGAGCGGAGAGUUGAUGGGAUUCUGGGGCGGCCAAAACACGAGAAGGUUCUGA